AUGGCUACGAAUCCUAGUGGUUUAUCAGCAGAAAAUACUGAUUAUCAAAAGACGUGUGAUGCAGUGCAACGCGCAGACGUGCGCGUCUGCGCCGAUCCCUUAAACUCCUUUUCAUCAAGACGCACGACCGUGGCGUCCCCAUGCGACGACGAUGUCAGGAGGCGCGCAGAAGAAGCCGCGGGCGGCUGCGGUUUACGCAGCAGCAGGUCCGCCGCAUUGGAACGGGCCUAUGUUCACGAUGUCUACGAGCAGUGUGAAGAAGCUCCGGCACCAAUUCGACCGCGCGUUGCCCAAUUUCUUGCUAGUCUCGAACCUGGUUCUUUAGUAUGCGAUGUCGGUUGCGGAAGCGGCCGUUACUUGGGUUCAGCUGGCGACGGCGUAUUUGCAAUUGGUGCAGACCGCUGCGUGCGUCUUGCAGCGGCUGCUGCCGCAAAAGACCAUCAAGUCGUGGUUUGCGAUAAUUUAGAGCUGCCAUUUCGCGAUGAAAGUUUCGAUGCCGUUCUUUCACUAGCUGUGGUUCAUCAUUUCGCGACGACGGAACGUAGGGUUUGCGCUAUACGGGAACUUGCUCGCGUCCUACGUAUCAGCGGCCGGCUGGUUAUCUCGGUGUGGGCGAUGGAACAGAGACACCGACGAUUUGAGUCGCAGGAUGUAUUGGUUCCUUGGCGUCCUCUGUCGACAUACGAUACGUGCUCGGGCGAUGAUUGUUUCGAUGAUGAUGAAGAUGAGGAAAUAGCUAGUAGGCGCCGCACUGGAAGUUUUCCAACAUUUCAAACUUGUGAUGAUGAUGCUGACAGUUAUCGUGAACGUACCACAAUCUCCGAUGACAGUGUUGCUAGUCGCGCAAGUUCAUCGCCUGGCGAAACAUGUUACAGUUUUGUUCGGCGAGCCAUUCAAAAAUUAGCGGGAGUACGCCGCGAAGCUUCUGCAAGUAGUUCUCGCACUCAUCUUGUUAAUGGAAAUGGUACUGGUCGUGCUUGUUGCGGUGAAUAUGGAUCUGGCAGUGCACCGCUGUGGACUGUUGUCUCCAAAUCAUCUUGUCAGGAUGUCACACAUUUGCCUAUAGAACUCCGAAGGCUCGAGGAGUUUGAAGAUAGCAACGAAGCUGCUUCUGAUGGCCUAGCUAGUUCUUCUUCAGUUGGUCUAAAGAGCCAAAGCCUUGGAGAUAUUUUAGCACCAACGCCUAAUUCUAUGGUGCGAUCCAGAUCUAGUGUACCUAGUCUUGCCGGCCAGAUAUCUGAUUUACCAAUGGAUGAAACAGUGUGUACUACCUCCAGAAGACGACCACAGCUCACUAAACAAAAGAGAUCGUUGUGCGAAGAUCCUGAAGAUGUAGAAAAUAUUUACAGUGAUGAUAUCUUGCAUCCCAGCAAUGAACCUAUAGUACCACCAUCCCGAGGGUGGGGAUUUGGUUUGCGAAAGCAAAGUUCUUUAAAUGAUGAACUUAUGUCUACCAAUCGGCAGCGCGAAAAAGAGCGUAUUAGACGUCGCAUACAAAAACAGACGUCUCUCAAUGAAGCAUUUCUUUGUAGGUCCUUAUUUGUAAAUAGUGCAUCUAGACGAUUUCAAAUUUUAAGAGAAGGAUUAAGUAUGAGAAUUAAGACUACUUCUGGUAGCUUGGAGAGAGCAACCCGGCAUGGCAUUGUGCGUAUGAUACAGGAGUUAAAAAGUGGCAAUAAUAGUUUGUCCGAAGAUGAUGGUCCAAUAAUUCAGAAACAUGAGAACAAUAGCGUCUCCGAAGAGUCCGAAACGCUAAUUUUACCGAGUUCGCCUAACCCAAGUACUACACAUAACAGUUGUAAUCAAGCUCAAAUUUCUAAUCAAAGGCAUCAUUCGAGGGAAGAUGGUUCUGAUUCUUCAAAGGAUAGCAGUCUGCAAAGUGAUACAAGUGUUGAUUCUGAAGACAGUGUGGCUUCUGUAAUUUUUAUUCCACGAAUUACAUCUGCACAAACUGAUCAGCCAAUGUCACCGGAUCCAAUAUCACCACAUCCUAAAACAACGUCACCGUUUUCCAAAACUGCACCACCUUUACUGUUACUUCAACCUGAAACUAAUAGAACAAAUGAGGAAGAAGUAACAUCCAACAGUCAGCAGGGUGCGGGUAAAAUAACUCGUCAAAUUAUUAGAAAUUUACCUCCGAUUCCAAAGUUUCGCGCCCUAAGUUCAUACUCCCCCUUUCCGCUAGUACGUCGAUACAGCGCUCUAAGUGGACGUCCGCCACCGAGGCUUCUUUCAUUGGAUUUGUUUAAUCCAGAAACGGACGAUUUAAAUAGCGAUUCUAGUGAACAGUCUUCGGCAGAUUCUAUAGAUAGUGUUGUAAGCGCUCCGGCCCCCCAAGCGCCUCCUCCCCCGCCGCCGCCGCCGGUGACAACCUCGUACAAUAGCGUGUCUGCUUCAGAGAUGGCCGAAUUUGCAGAACGCUUAAGUGCACGCUUACUUGCUGAGCUGGACCGGCAACCUUCGCAAGACGAAGAUCGCACCGCUUUAGAGUCCUCGCCUGAUAGCCCGUCAGCUGGUGGCGCUAGUACCCACCAUCGCUAUUAUCACGUGUUUCGAGAAGGCGAACUCGACGCUCUUAUUUCCCGUCACGUAGCCAGCUUGCACAUUGUCUCUUCGUAUUACGAGCGUGCCUCAUGGUGUGUGGUUGCGGAAAAGGUUCAAGUUUGGACAAUAUGACCAACAUUUGUGUGUAACAUUUAUUAUUGAACUUGCUUCGACAUAAUCUCUAUAAAUGGUAUUAUUCACUUAACAUA